AUGGAAGAAGCUGCAGAAACUGAACAUCAAGAUGGUGAUGGGAGAAGGAAAGAAAAAGAUGAGGCUGACAAGCAUAAGGCAGAAAGUAUGAGAAAACUGGCUAUGGAAAAGUUGGGAGAAACUCAGAAGAGGGCAGUUGAAGAGGGAGAGCAGGAUUGUCAGAAGAAGAAGAGGAGAAGUGGGAAUGAUACAAUUGAGUAUCUGCGAGAGAAAAGUGAGAGUGACAAAGUACUCAAAGAGGAAGAGCUGUCACUCAAGCGUAAACAACAGGAACUGGAAGAAAAAAAGCUAACCUCAUUUCUAGAUCAGCAGAAAUCCAUGAUGCAGUUAAUGCAGGAGCAACAGCAGCAGCAACAGGUUCAAACUAAUAACAUCCAAAUGAUGAUGAUGCAACAGUCCCAGGCUUUCAUGGCCGUGCUUGAUAAACUUACCAACAAAAUGGGCUAG